AUGAAGGGAGUGGGCGUGAUACUGCGUCGUUUAACACGCAGCGGUAGAACCCCGUUGCUGGCUGCUGGGUCAUCUUCGAUUGGCGAAAACCUAAUGCUAUCCUCCGCAGCCACCGUUUCGUACUUCACUCUCGCCGAUGUUCAGCCCAACCCACUAUUCGCUUCCCAAAUUGCCCUUACUUCCAAUUCAAAUUUACAGUCGUUCCAUGUUUAUAGUCAUUCCCGAAGCUACUCCUCUUCAGCUUCAUCAGAUCCGAGCAAUAUCGUCUUGAUUGAGUCUGAAGAGCAGUUUAAUGAUUCACUUCGGAAAGUCCAAGAUGAAUCGCUGCCAGCAAUAUUUUACUUUACAGCAGUUUGGUGUGGACCCUGCAGGUUGUUAUCUCCUAUCAUUGGACAAUUGAGUGAGAAAUACCCUCAUGUCACCACAUAUAAAAUUGACAUAGAUAAGGAAGGGCUUGGAAAUGCUUUAAGCAAGUUGAAUAUCCAUUCCGUGCCUACUCUACACUUCUUUCAGAAUGGUAAAAAGGCCUCGGAAGUUAUUGGUGCCGAUGUUGAACGUUUGAGGGAUACCAUGGAAGCACUCUACAAAUGA